ACGCAAAAUGACACGCGCUCUGUCAGUUCAAGUUCAGGCAUUGCGAUGUGCGUGUUUCAUGUGUUCUAACCGCGAGGGAAAAAAGUCUUGAAAAAAGUGCUAAUAAUUCGUGAUAAUUUGUUUUUUGCUGUUAAUUGUACGUUUUUUCGGCGUCAUGGAGAUUCCGCGCCUCGUGAAUCCUGAAGUGGUGGGAAAGAUUAUUGAAUUUGCGCAGAAUCGAGAGGUUUUUCUCCGGAAAGUGCUGAGCCUUCAGCCGGCGUCCGUUCACGCGUACUCCCUGAUCGCCGAGUGGAGCUCAGUGACUGCUCAAAAACUCCCUGUCGAAGAUUGGGACUUCCACAAGAUGCUCUUCGACAACCUUAAGAGGAAAUGUGAAGAAAUCGACGUCAUUUGCCGUAAUCAUCUGCUGACGAUCAUCAAAGUCAUUGCGUCUGUUGUUCCGGCGAAAAUCAGCUGUUUUCACUUGAUUGGGGAGGAAGAGGAGCUGAAGGCGGACGUCUUCGAGAUGCUGGUGAGCGGAUGCCUUCUGAAGGCGAGUGAGGAACAUCUCGACGGCGUUGCAGAGUACAUCGAAAAUGCUAAGAUCAUCGACGCGAUCUUCGCGAGUGACAACGAGAAGUUCAGAACCAGCGUUUUGCGAAGUCUUCAGAGGAUUCUCAUGGUGCUUCCGAAGGAGAAUCACAUGAUUUCUCGUCUCCAAGAGCGCAUGUUGGAUAAGAGGACGCCUCCGUUCCGAAACCUGGAAAUCCUCACUUUCUUGCUGCAACAAGUGAUGCCGGAAGCGAAGGAUGACGAGCAUGUCGACGAUUGCCUUCCGUACAAUUGGGAAAGUUGCAUGUGGUGCUGGAUCUCCGAAGGCUUGGACUCACAAGAUCUCACAGCGCGGAAGCAGGCUUUUCAUGUCACCAAGGAAGCCAUCAAGAAUCUGUAUCCGGAGAGUGAAGAGCACUUUAUUGCCAUUCUGAACGCCGUGGAGCAAAAUCAGACGCACUUGAUUGUUCCGGCGCUGAAAAUGCUGCCGAAGAUUGCUAAGCUCAAUAUCAACUGGCAAAAAUUGCUACUGAUGGAGAUCAUGAAGAACCACAACAAGCAGAUCGUGAUUGCAACACUCGAGCACUUGAUGGCAAUGCAUGAGUUGCUGGGAAAUUAUAAGAUCGCAUAUUUGCUGGACUCUGUUUUUCAUGCACUCAAUCAAAACAUUGUUUAUCAAGAGGAUACAGAAGUUGUGCAGUCCUUUUGUCUUCUGGCUUUCAGGACUUCUCUUGAGGCUCUCGAAAGGAUGUCUCUUGUGAGUUGGAAACCAUUUCCUCUGUUCUCAAUUCUGUCCUAUUUGACUGGCGAAGAGACCGAAACUAAGGACAUUUCCCAGGUUAAUGCAAUUGAGUCUCUUCAGAGGAUCAUCGAAUGCAUCUUCAAUCUCCAGAUUGAUCAGCUAAUGAAGCGAGAAAUCGUGUUUCUCCUGAUCAAGUUGGUAAAGCGCGUGAUAAGUGAUGAAGUAACCGAUUCUCCAGAAGAUGAUCAAGCGAUGGUUGUGCGGAAGAUCACAGAAGUGACAAAUGACGAGGAGAUAAUUAAGCGUUGCAGUGAAAUCUUGAAUGAUUCCUCAAUUCUGCCUCAAAAUCUCCUUGAAUCCUUCAAAAGCAAUCCUCUUGAGAUGUUCAACAACGCCCAAAGCUUCGCAGACAGAGAUCUCUUGCACUUGGCGAAGCAACUCUCAACGGAUGUGGAAAUCGAUGAGGAAAAAGCCACAGAAUUGCUGCUUAGAUUUAAGCAUCAUGCGCACAAGCAGAGAUUCGUUCUUUUGCUCAUCUUGAAGGCAAAACCUUCUCUGUACACAAAGAAUGGCGAUCUCUGCAAGAUCUUCAUUGAUGACUACUUCACAAGAGACGCUGCGGCUCUAUCUUCUGGCAGGGAUUUUCAACUGACCUUUGAAAAGUUGUUCAUUGAAGUGGUGAGUGAGAUUCUCAAUUGGUUCAGAAGCCACAUAAAUGACUCACCAGGGAAUUCUCGCGAAAUCCUCACGAAGAUCAGCUGUGCGUUCGAGAGUGGCCAGGAAUAUUGCACCACUGUGAGUCUGUUCAAGAUUCUGGACAUGAUGAAGAUGUCAGAUGAAGAAAAGGACGAAAUGAAGCGUCUUCUUGAAGUGGCGUACAAGGAAAUGAUGGCCUAUAAAGGCAAAUCUCCCUUCGCUUCGCACUGCAGUGCUUUCAUUCUCGCCUUCCCGACCGUGAAUUUGUCGCUUGAGGAAACAAUGUGGCGUCUUCUCGAUGACAUCACACUCAAUUCGCUGGAGAUUUGUCGUGCGAUCGCUGGAAAAGUUGAUCAAAUCAGUGAAUCACUUCUGGUGAAAUUGCUCGCGUCUCGGGAAACUGUCCAGGAAUCAUUUCUGAUGAGAAAUUCACCAUUGCGAGAUUUGCAGCUGGAAAUAAUUGAUUAUGCGAUUCAAUCGGGAAGAGAUGCUCUUCUUCUCGACAAACUGGUGACGAAAUAUGGCGAAUUGUCCAGGUCGAAAGCCAUGUACUAUCCAAAUUCGAAUCAUCAUCUGUACAAGCUGCGCAUCAUUCAAGCCAUCGCAGCGAUUGUGCGCGUGAAAAAGAUUUGGCAUCCGCAGUUUCUUGUCUUUCUCCUCAAUGAAUCCAACCAGCCGAGCAUUCUCUACAUUCUGGAGCUGAUUGUCGCCUGUGCCAUUCCAACUGAAGACAUUGACAGACUGAUCGCGAUGCUGAAGGCGCCGCAGGAUCUCAAGAUGCACUCGGCGCAGAGCAUCUUCUGCAUUCUGUACUUGUACUGCAGGCGGAUAAAGUUCUCGGCAGUGAGCAGGCAGUGCUUCACCGCUAUUUAUCCGUGGACAAUGGGUCAGAACUUCUCUUGUCGCCUCUAUGCUCAGAUCGCCGUGCUGAAGAUCUGUGAACUCAUGCGCGAUGUUGAGCCACAUGAGAAGAUCAUCUGUGAGACGAUUAAGUUCUCCUUCAGUCACUUGAGUGGGAAUCCAGAGAAGAGCAUUGCGCGCCUUGAGCAGGAUUUUCGCUUCAAUCGACUCAACAUUGAUGAUCUCCUCAGUCUGACGUACAUUUUCAGAGACAUUCCGAGGAUAACAGGCGUGGCAGAGAGUGAAAUUGUGGCAAAUUGCUCGGGUGAGGAGGAUCUCAAGGAUGUCAUCCACCCUUGGCAUGAGAAACAAUCCUCAGGCGGUGUAGCUGUUCAGCAGACGUACGACAACAUCCAGACCAAAAUCCUUCCGCCCAAAGAAGCCACCGAAGUCAGGAAGACUGAACUGAUUGUUUGUGCAUCACUUGUGGAAAACCAUCCUAAUCUGGGCGGAUUGGCCAGAACUUGUGAGAUCUUCGGCGUGCAGAAGAUGAUUAUCGAUUCGCUGCGCGAUGUCGAGCACAAGGACUUUCUGGCGCUCAGCAUGUCGGCGGAAAAGUGGCUGACGCUCGAGGAGGUGAAGAAGUGGCAGCUGAAUGUGUUCCUGUCGCAAAUGAAGAUGCAAGGAUACACAAUUGUCGGCGCUGAGCAAACGUCCAGGAGUGUGAAGCUGGCCGAGGUGAAGUUCCCGGAGAAAUCUCUCUUGAUUUUGGGCCACGAAAAGGAAGGCCUUCCGGCUGACAUCAUCGCCAGUCUGGACAUUGUCGUGGAGAUUCAACAGAUUGGACAUCUGGCUUCGCUCAAUGUUCACGUGACAGGUUCAAUUUUAAUUAACGAGUACCUGAAGCAACACAUCUAAUCUCAUGUGAUCUA